AACCCUUGUGCCUCAGUGUCCCUUCAUUGGGCCGCAAAAAUGGCUGGCUACCCUGGGCUGAGCCCUGGAGCCCAAGCUUUGUUCACUGAUUCUUCAUCCCCUGCCCCUCUAACCUCUGCAGAUAUGCCCUGUAUCCAAGCCCAAUAUGGGACAGCGGCGCCAAGCCCAGGACCACGUGACCAUCUGGCAGGAGACCCCCUGACCCCCGAGUUCACCAAGCCCGCCAUGGACCUGGCCAGCCCUGAGGCGGCCCCAGCCGCCCCCACUGCCCUGCCAAGCUUUAGCACUUUCAUGGACGGCUACGCGGGAGAAUUUGACACCUUCCUCUACCAGCUGCCGGCGACGGCCCAGCCUUGCUCCUCUGCCUCCUCGUCCUCCUCCUCCUCCUCUUCGGCCUCCUCCACCUCCUCGUCUUCAGCCACCUCCCCCGCCUCUGCUUCCUUCAAGUUCGAGGACUUCCACGUGUACGGUUGCUACCCCGGCGCGCUGAGCGGCCCCCUGGACGAGACCCUGUCCUCCAGUGGCUCUGACUACUAUGGCAGUCCCUGCUCGGCACCGUCACCAUCCACCCCUAGUUUCCAGCCCCCCCAGCUCUCUCCCUGGGACAGCUCCUUCGGCCACUUCUCCCCUAGCCAGACUUACGAUGGCCUGCGGGCAUGGACAGAGCAGCUGCCCAAGGCGUCGGGGUCUCACUCCGUUGCCCCGCCGCUGCCGACAGCACCGGCCUUCUUCUCCUUCAGCCCCCCGGCUGGCUCCAGCCCCAGCCCCAGCCUGGCCCAGAGCUCCCUGAAGCUGUUUCCAUCAUCCCAGGCCACCCCCCAGCUCCGAGAGGGGGAUAGUUAUUCCAUGACGGGGGCUUUCCCAGGCCUGGCACCCACCUCCCCGCACCUUGACAGCUCGGGGAUGCUCGAUGUGUCUGCAACUUCAGCCAAGGCCCGGAGUGGGGCCUCCGGAGGCAGUGAGGGCCGCUGCGCGGUGUGUGGGGACAACGCCUCCUGCCAGCAUUAUGGUGUCCGCACCUGUGAAGGCUGCAAGGGCUUCUUCAAGCGCACAGUGCAGAAAAACGCCAAGUACAUCUGCUUGGCGAACAAGGACUGCCCUGUGGACAAGAGGCGGCGGAACCGCUGCCAGUUCUGCCGCUUCCAGAAGUGCCUGGCUGUGGGCAUGGUGAAGGAAGUUGUCCGGACGGACAGCCUGAAAGGACGGCGGGGCCGGCUGCCUUCGAAACCCAAGCACCCACCAGAUGCCACUCCUGCCAAUCUCCUUACUGCGCUGGUGCGGGCGCACCUGGACUCAGGGCCCAGCACAGCCAAGCUGGACUAUUCCAAGUUCCAGGAGCCGGUGCUGCCCCGCUUUGGGAAGGAGGACGCUGGGGAUGUGCAGCAGUUCUACGACCUGCUCUCCGCGUCCCUGGAGGUCAUCCGCAAGUGGGCUGAGAAGAUCCCUGGCUUUGCCGAGCUGUCGCCGGGCGACCAGGACCUGCUGCUAGAGUCGGCCUUCCUGGAGCUCUUCAGCCUCCGCCUGGCCUACCGGUCUAAGCCGGGCGAAGGGAAGCUCAUCUUCUGCUCCGGCCUGGUGCUGCACCGGCUGCAGUGUGCCCGUGGCUUCGGCGACUGGAUCGACAGCAUCCUGGCCUUCUCGAGGUCCCUGCACGGCCUUGUGGUCGAUGUCCCUGCCUUUGCCUGCCUCUCUGCUCUUGUGCUUACCAACGAGCGACACGGGCUGCAGGAGCCCUGGCGGGUGGAGGAGCUGCAGAACCGCAUCCUCAGCUGCCUGAAGGAGCACCUGGAGGCGGUGACGGGGGAGCCCCAGCCGGCCGUGACGGGGGAGCCCCAGCCGGCCAGCCGUCUGUCCCGUCUUCUGGGCAAACUGCCUGAGCUGCGAACCAUGGGUAAACAGGGCCUACAGCGCAUCUUCUACCUCAAGCUGGAGGACCUGGUGCCCCCUCCGCCCAUCGUGGACAAGAUCUUAAUGGACACGCUGCCCUUCUGACCACAGCGCCAGGACCUGCAUGCACACGCACAAGCGUGUGCUGCUCGGACACCACCCCACGUGCCUUUAGUCCACGGACCCCCGCUCCCUCUCUGCUGAACCUGUGGGAGCCUGGGCUCGAGCUGCAGGCUGGCCCACCUCCUCACGCACUCCAGAGGCUGCGCAGGGGAGCUCAAGCCCUCGGGAGGGGCAUGCUUUCACGGGGGCAACCCCGCUAUCUGUCUUACCCCUGCUCUGGCCUUUGUGGUGUUUUUUUUUUUUUUUUUUGUAAGAUAAACCGUUUUUAACACACACCGCUGUGCUGUAAA